CCUUCCAACACAACAUUUCGAAAUAGUCCUUUCAACCGAUAAGACGAUCCAUUUCAGCAGAGAAUCGCGAAAGUUGUAAUUAUGGCCCGCAGUCCUUCUAUCGGCAACGUGGCGCCCGAUAAGCGAUAAACGCAAACUAAUUCGAUAUCGCGACCUAAUGUAAAUACUUAAUUCGGUCCUUCGGAAACCUUGAGAAGAAGAGAUGCUCACUCGUCGAUUGAUAAUCGGUCGAUCGUUAAUCGGAUAUCUCCUCGCGGGGUGCAUUGUGUCUCUGUCGACGAGUGUCGCGCAAGUCGAAGGCAGAAAGUGCGUAUGUACGAGCAAAGCCUGCAAAGAAGCAGGUAUAGAUACUUGUAGAACGAGAUUCUUUUGCUACACGGAACUUAUCGUGACAACGAGACAGGAAAUUGGUGAAAGUACAAUCACGAGAGGAUGCACGGAAGGUGCCACGCCAUUGUUGUGCGAAACAAAGUCCUGGGUCACGAGGUCACGAUCGGUCAACGCCAUGGAACUAUCGACAAGUCCUCGGGUUCUCGUGCCCUGGCCCAGAUUGAAAUGUUGCAAUAGUCAUGACUACUGCAAUGCUAAUGACGACGACGACGACGACGACGACGACGACGAGGAGAAUGCCAGCACAUGGAAGCACGAAAGAAAGAUUCAGGUGGAUCAGACAUAUUCUACAAUAAAUCGCGAGACGCUAAUGGACUAUUUAACGUCAACGAAUCGUCAUACAAUGUUAACGUUACAACCUGACCGAAACUAUGAGGAUUCAAUAGAAUCAACCAAUCGACUUCUUCAGAAUCGCAUCAAAGCGCUUCACGUCGCCGCUCUUGUCCUUGCAGUUGCAGUCCUUAUAUCCGUUCUCGCAUCUUGCUAUGUGAUUACAAGAUUCCUUCGAAGUAAUCGUUAUAUAAUGGAGACGGUAAACUGUUGGUGAAUAUGACGCCGAAACUUACAAUUAUAGGUACAUUGUGAUUCGAUGAAAUUGUGAAUUUUUUUUUCUGAAACGGAAUAAGAUAAGAUACAGGUAUCUAUCCGUAUGGAUAGCUAACGGUGGGCCAUGUAGCUCAAAUUCCCUGGUGGGAGCCCCUCGAGGAGCGAUCAACCAUAGCAUGAGUGCCAGGACUGCCAGGAUUGCCAGGAGUGCCAGGUGCCCCGGCCCUCCUUCACUCCGGCUGUUUCAACGUAAUUAGUCAUCCUCCAGGUUGCCGAACAUACACGUACGCAUCUUGCCGAUGCUUGAUCAAAGAGGAAUAACGUACGUAUAUGCGCGCCGAAAGUACACUAAAGUCCUACACUAAAAACGCUUGGUCAUCGUGAGAAAGAAGUUUCACAUCCAACACAAAUAAACGAAUAUUGACGAAGAAAGAGACAUCGUGGCGUCUCGCGACGAGUACAGCGAAUCAUCUACUUAUAAGUUGUACGAAUAAACGUAUAAAAGAAAUU